AAUACAUCACCUCGCAAUGACAAAAUGCAUAAAUAACAAAGUAGGAAGGGGGCAGUUAUUUGGCGGGCGUUUCGCUUGAUCACAAAUUAAUGUACUGAGAAUUGUUCUAUUUCUCUUUUUAUGCCAAGGGAAAAUAUGCUCAAGAUCACCGGACAAGAAUAAGUCGACCUACAAUUAGAAAUCUUCAUUCUUCAAGCACUGAACCGUCACAGUUCGCCAUGGACAGAAAAUCGGUGGCCGUUUUGAUUUUGAUAGUGAUUUUGACCGUGUCAGUGAUAUUAGCGAAGUCUUCCUCUUAUGAUUUUUUUGAUGAUCAAGCGAGGGACUAUUACGACACUUUAUAUCAAAGAGAGAUUCCUAGAGAACGAGUAAAGAGCCACAGGUUAAAUGUUGUGGAUUUCAAGAUGCCCGGUAUUCACCCGGAAAAGGUAAGCUUACUUCUUACUAAACAGGAAAGAUUCUCUUGCCCACAUUUGUCGCCUUUAGUAAUUAUUUUUGCCGAUCGGUGUUUAUGGGCUUUUCUUUGAGCAUCGCUUAUACUUGUGCAGUAAAAUAAUUUUAGUUGAUCGUACAAGUGCCAAAUUCACCACUUCUCUUUGAUUCUGAUCUAUCGAUGGAGCAACUGAAAACCUGUAUAUUUCUUCCUGUGAACGACGAGUAAGGACCAGUAAGUUAUUCACAAAGUUAUUUUUGUCAGCUGGUUUUCUAUGGGCAGCUAAUUAUCUUUUAUAAAUUCUACUUGGUCACACUUGAAGGAAUAUUACUCAAGCGUUCUAAACACGUUUAUUUAAGUAAAUUUCUUCUAAUAACUUACAUGUGAAACCUUUGACGUUUGGAGCGAAAAAAAUCGUGUUAAAGUGCAUGGCGAUUGAGAAGACACUAGCCUGGUGGCAAUCGGUUAAGUGAAAAUUCAAAGUUAAAAAAAAUACCCUGUUUCCCCACAAAUUCCUUUGAAGGAAGAAGCAUUGUUUAAAUAAAAUAUUGUACUGUAUGUACUGGUGAACGUCUUUAGCGAGGUAUUUCGUAGAUAUUUUAUAAUAGGAUCGUAUGCUUGAAAAAUUACUAAUUUCUUCUGUGAUGAAUAAACAUUUUCCUGCAGAAAUCAAUUUUUUUUUCAAACAGCUGUACGGGAUCUUACCCUGAUGGAAUUCCCACUUGGGGAUUUUUUUGUGGGGAAGAAGAAAUUUUUACACUUGAUAUUGAUAAGUUAAGUGAAUAAAAAUGUUUGGUUUUGAAGAGACAAAUUUUCAAAAAUUGGAAUUUAAAUGCUCUGUUGACUUUCAAGAACACACUGGCUUUAUGUAGAUAUAAUAAUUAUUACAAAUUUCAAAUCAUUAAAUUAUUCGGUGAUUCAUUCAUGUACAUAUAAUUUGUAAGGUUGUCCAGAUACAUAUUUGUUUGUUCUACAAAUUUUCAGAGCUUAUGCAAUUAGCCAUCUAUAUCCACCUAGUUUCUAUAUCUUAAUUCACAGAUUUAUUGUAAUUGUUGUGGUUCAAUUUUUUCCUUGGUUAAAUUUUCUUUUCUUUUGUUUUUGGGUAUGGUAAAUAUCUAUUUGAUAUAGAUUUUGAAACAAGAGAAAAGAAAAUUUAAACCAAGAGUAAAAUUGAACCACAACAUAAUCAUUAUCAUGGUAUUUUGGGAUUACCACUGACUUUUUGCAAUGUGUCUGUUUCAUUCAGGAAACCUAACUGCCUUGUAUUUAUUUGGAAAAUUUCACCCUGGUUACAUUGUUGGGUAACAAGAAUUCAUAUGCAUGUAUCUUAUGUCUAAUGCAUUGAUCAAUUCAAACUUUCAUCAUCUUCAACCCUGGGCAUUUGAAUACCCAGGGCAACAUCUCUUGGGCCCGUAAAAAGAGCAUGUGAAGUAGUAUUAUUAAAAUGAAGUUGACUGAAGAGAAAUUGGAAUUUUUGCUUGCUGUUGUUUCUUUUUCCGUGUUCUGAGACUCUUCUCGGAGAACCCAUAGUGGAUGUUUAACUUGUGCUUACUCACUUUGAUUUUCAUUUAAACACUUUCUUUAUCAAAUUGUGUCCUAAAAAAUUCUGUAAAAGCAAUUUUUUAAUACUUUCUUCUUCCCCCUUUCACAUACAUUCAGCAGAACCACUCACCUGUGAAAUUUUAAUAAGGACAGUGCUUCCUUUCGAUGGUUCCAAAUCUAUGUUCAGUUUUUGGCAAUUUUAUUAAAACGGAUUUUUAUAAAGUAAAAACAAGGGCAUUAAAAGGCAUUUUUCUGGUACAUAAGUGGAUAAACAAUACAUUAAAGUCAAAUUCUGUGUGAUGUCACAUGCAUCAUUGGAAAAAUCUCUCCUUUUUGUCUAGUUUUGCGCUGCCCGCGGUUUUUGUAAAAGGGUCCUAAAUAGCCGUAUUUGUCAUCAUUGUGACGUCAAAACGAGCACGGUGAACCCCACUUUUUAUUACUUUUUUAUCAUCUUCUUGACUUGUUACAUCAGUGUGCCAAGUUUUAGCUAAAAUCUAUGUUAGGUUCUUUUACUAUGGAAUCACCUUAAUUCCUGUUACAUUAAAUUUUAAUAGGCGAUUGUAGUGGUCAAGGGUUCUACCGUAAGGUUGGAUAUGACUGUCAGUGCAGAUUGUGAAUUUGAAAAAUAAACUCAGACCCCUGAGCGAAUCCUCGUUCACUGAUUGGUCAAAAUUUUGAGAGUAUAGACCAUGGAAAUGACGUGACAUGUAACACAGUGCUUGAUGCCCUGACGCCAUAAAAUGUUCAAAACUUUGCAGCAGAACCACUCGCCUGUGACUCGUGGUUCCACUUGGGUUUUGAACAUUUUAUGACAUCAUUUCUAUGGUCUAUAAGAGUGUAGACCACAGAAAAAAUUGUGGUUUUUGAGAGGACAAUUUUGGCCUCAAGUGUCUGCUAAUUGAUUGUUAGAUAAUAGCUUUUGAAUUCCUUGUCAAACUAGCCAUUCGCUUACAAAACUACAUUGGCAGACACUGGGUCAUAUAAAUGUUGUAGUUAAUUUUUUAUCUGGGGUAAUGUUUAUUUUUCCUUUCUUUUUGGGGAUGGUAAUGUAUGCUAAUGAAGUUGAAACAAGGGAAAAAUAAAAAUUACCUGAGAUAAGAAAUUCACCAUAUCAUAUAUACAAAGAAGUUGAACUUGACACUUUCAGUUCAAAUUCCCUAACCCACCUAGUACAAGGUCAAAUUCCCUACUCUUAGGGUGCCUCUCGCCUCAAACUUCCCACUCCCCUGGCAAAAGGAAAAUCUUAGUUUUUCGUAGAAAUUAUGUGCUAGGCACCCUUGAUUUCACAGGUUAGAGCACUCGGCUCCCAUUUUUUCUAGAGGGCACCCUUCUUGUUAGUUAACCACUUUAAUUCUUCCAGUUGGAAGUGCAGAGUCCGUUAUAAGAACAUAACAUAACCAAUUAACCAUUAUUAAAUAAUUUUAUUACCUUGCAGCAUGAUUCAUACAUGUGUACAGCUCUUGAUCUCAGUGACCAGAAACACUAUAUAGGUAACUAGCUGAUAGGAAGUUUUUAUUGUCAACUCGUGAAUACCUGAAGGGUUGGGGGGGCAGGGUGGUCACAACCUCCCGCUUCCCGUACCUUGUUCUCCUGCCUCACGUACCUUUUUGUCCCUUUGUCUCCCAACUCCCGCCCUUUAUUGUGUUUCUCCUUUUAUCAUGAAAAUUAGAAAGAUUAGAAGCCCAGCCUGGUUUAAUGUUAAAGCUGUGGGAUACUUUUGCCAAAGAUGAAAAUUGUUACAGGUCAGUUUUCUUAGUUAAACUGAGUUUUCACUAACCUGGUUAUCUAGGUUUGACCAUUGCUUCUGACAUCCCAGUACAGCAACAAUAGUCUCAGUCCACUGUCCAGUGUAAUAGCUAUUGCAGUUAUUGCGAGCUUCCAGGAAGGUCUUCCAUGGACAGAUUUUUUCCUACCACACCGAAAAACACUGCGACUGAUCAAAAUGGUCUUUGACGACAUUGACUCACUUUGUUGUUCUUGUGGAGAAUUUAGACAGCUAGCGAGACAGAGGAGACACUGACACGACUGAUACAGUUGACACACGUGUACAUGUGUCAUGCCAUCUCAUUCAUGACCUAUGAUGUAAGCGACUUGUAAAGGUUUCCAAUUUCACUGGAAGCGAUGCUGUUUUUUUUUUCUAUCCUGAGUGCGAAUUUUCGUUUUUUGACUUAUCUCACAUAUAAAUUUUGCUUAAAGCCUCGGAGAAUGUUAAAUGGAAGUCAAGAAAUGUUGUAGGGUUUGUUUCUUUGACUGGAUGAUAAGCAGUAACAAAUAACAAAAGCUUGCCUUUUUGAAAUUCUCUCCUGCUUCCCACCCUUUCCUCUCCCAUCUCCCGGGCUCCUGCGCCCCGUCCCCCUCCACUGAAGGGUUUUUCACCGAGUUAUCACUGUGGGCUGAGAAGUGCAGAUUAGUCACUCACUCAUUGUAGGCGACCUUUGGCUUGCUCCAAAGUUGCCUGAUAUGGAAAAGACAUAUUGUCGUUGUUGCUGAAGUGUACUUUGGGUAUGCAUUUACUCUCACCACCUCGUAAGAGAAUUCUGGGAAAAAGAUUGUCUUGCUCAUAGUCUCUGUGGAAACAUCAACACUCUUUGUUGAUUGCAUCAGUUCUGCAGGUCGCAUAUUGACUGUAUUCACAUUGUUCGCUUUGAGUAUCUUGAUCUUAAGCACUGCUGGGAAUAAAGCAUUAAAUUACAGAAAGACUCUAUCAAAACUUAAUUUAAAAUUCAAUUUCAACAUACUCUCUACUUCAAUUUUAAAAAUUUAUGAAAAGACUGAGCCUCUCUGUGCAUUACGUGUCCAUUCUGAUCAGAACAAGUCUUUCUUUAAUUCAAUGCUUUAUUCCCUGCUUCCCAUUUAAUGGAAAAAAUCAGCCGAUUUCUCUGAGCAAAGUAGCUGACAUAUUUUGUCGGUUGUUGGUGCUUCUUGAACAUCUGGCAGACUAUUGAUGUCUUUAGCAACCAUGAUUAAAAAAUUUCAGAUUUUCAAUUUUGUCAAUUUCAGCUCCUUUUGCUUGAAAUUUCCAAGCUGUCACUUCAACAUUUGCUUCACAGAAAAUCUUUUGUUUACUUUAACAAGCUGUUCUCGACAAAUGGAAAAAAAGUUUUGUAAUUUCCUUUGCAGUGGGAUUCAAGCCUUUUGCUGAAAUGCACACUGCUCAUCAUAUGUUAAUGUUUGGAUGUCAAGCCCCAGGAGAAAAUUUGUUUGCUAAGGAUAAAAAAUAUUGGUAUGUGCUUAUAUUAACACUUAAUAAAAAUAUAGUGUUAGCAGUAUAUUGAUUGCCUUCAGUCCUCUAAUCAAGAGAGUCAGGUAGGUUUUUUGUAUACAGGCUUUGUAUAAAAUAUGUCUGAUGAUAUAUUUUUUUAAUUUUACAAAGUUUAACCAGAUUGGUAGCAUAAUAAUAAUAUUUUUCUUUCACUAUAGUGGAAGUGGAACCUCAUGUGCAACCACCUCUCAUAAGCAACCCCCUCCGAUAAUCAGCCAACUAUUCAAAACACUAAAAUUUCCCAAUCCCAGCCCUAUGGUUGAAACUUCUCCUAAACAACCUCCUCUGGUAAUAGCCCAUUUUACAGUUACAGGUGGCAACGAGGCUGGAGUUGACCUAGCCUCCCAUGCAAGCAUUUUUAGGGGAGCUCGUAUUUCGUCCCUCCCCACAAAUGCCUGCUCAACCGAAGACAACAUUCCUUUCCCAAGCUUAGCCAAUCACACAUUGUACUUUCCCUAUUCUGGAAAGUUGACCUUGACCACAGGGUAACGCGAUAAUUACACAAUCUGCAUGAAACACUGGAGAAGCUUUAUAGGAGACCACUAAUAAAUGUUGGACUUAAAGUGGCAAAAGUAAGAUUUAGUCAGGUUUUACAAUACUCCUUGUACUGCAUAACCUUAGGAAAGGAAAGAAAAGAAGGUAACCCCGGGGUCACAUUUUUACUCUACCAAGAGGUUAUGAUUCGUGUUUAGCCUGUGAACACUUUAUUUCAAAACUGUUGAUUGGUCACUUAUCACGCAAAUAAAACAAUGGGCAAGGAAUGUUGUUCUCGUUUGAGCAGGCGUUUGUGGGGAGGGACGAAACACGAGCCUCCCUAAAAACACCUGCGUGGGAGGCAAGAGUACUGUUGACCUUGUUUUGAUACAAACAGGGUCUGGAAAAAGUCUUGAAAUUUUGGAUCUAAAAAUCGGUACAAACUGCUGCACAAACCUCCCUGCUUUGACAUGUAAAUCAUGUUGUUCUUAUGCUAACUAGUAUUUUUUAAAUGUAAUUUCCAUAAGAAAAGGAAGGAGGUAGUACCUAAUCAAGGUCGACCUCAACCUCACAUUCAAUUAAAGGCUAGGAUACUAAGCCCGCAACUGUAAAAUUCACAGUAAAAUCUUGCUAUUUUUGUACAGGAAUUGUGGAGAUAUGGGCUCAGGCGUUUGUGGUUCUGGAGAGAAAAUUGUGUAUGCUUGGGGAAGAAAUGCACCAGAAUUGAAACUUCCUAAUGGUAAGUACAGUAUAUUUAGUGGCCCCUUCAAACAUCUUUGCAAGCAACAUUUGGAUGAAUGCCUUAUAAGAAUGAAUAAUAAGUGUACUAUGCACAAGGUUCAUCCAAUCAAAAUGGAUUUUUCUGCCCUUCCAUUAUUUUCAAACCUUUAUUAAGUGGUCACUCUUGGGAUAAAAAGUGGCCCGCUAAUCUGAUCACUCAAUCCAGGUUUGACAGACCUAAGACUUAAUUAAGUAAUAGAAGACGGCGUGUCUAAAAUGGCCCUGACACUUUUCCACAGGUCAGAGUACAGGUCACCAUGAUACAGAUUAAAAUGAUAUGGCAUUAAAAGUGUCUCCUAGCCCUAAGCUUUUACAAAAUGCUUUAUUGGAUCAAGGGGAAUCUGUGUGGUUUGGUGAUCUAUCGAUGGAGCAGUGACCUGUACUCUUGACCUGUGGAAUGUGACCUGUUUUUUAGAGCCGGCAAAUUGAAGAUGGGGAAAGCGAAAUAACCAAGUAAAAAAAAAAAGCAGAAAGACAAAUAAACACCAUGCAAAUUGUAUGAUGUAUGGUACAUCUUGACAAAGGAAUCAUUUAAUAGAGGUGAAAACAAUAGAAAAAAACCUCUUUAGGACAUCACAAAGUAUUUAAAGGUGACUGGAUCCACUUAAUAAAAUGAACACUAAUAUAAUACAGGUAAGUUUGAUAUAGUAAUUUAAAAGGAACACGAUUUCUGGUAAAUGAUUGCUUAAAAGAGCUUGAAUACUUACUGGUAAUACAGGUUUCACUAUACCUCACUGAAAAAAUCAUGGUCUUUUAGGGCCGUCAUUAAGAGCCGGGGGCCGGGGAUUUCCCCCACUUAUUACAUGGCCCCCGGCUACUUUCAUAGGUAAAUAGAAGAAAAAUAGAACCAAAAGAAAUCCUGAGCUGUUUGAUUCCCCACCUACUUGUUGUAUUUACCCGGCAACUUGAAAUCUUAGUGACAUCCCUCUCUUUUUUUUCAGAUGUUGCCUUUGAAGUUGGUCAUGGUACAGCUGCUCCUUAUCUUGUGCUGCAAGUUCAUUACGGAAAAGUUGAUAAGUUUAAGGGUGAGUUAGUGGUAUAUGAUGCAUGCCUCAGAAGUUGUAUUUACUACAGGUACAUGUCUUUUUGGGAUAAAAUACUUAAGGCUGGUUAUUGAAAUAGAAUAUUACAUUCACUUUUAGAAUAGCAUGCAUUCUAAGCUCUUUUUAAUUUUACCAAUUUUUAUUGAUUGCAGCUGAUCCCUAUCUGAAAGAUUACUCCGGUGUGGAUCUGGAAACAACAACUGUGGCGUAAGUACAAACUGUACUGCAUUUUACUGCUAUUAAACUAGUAAUAAUCAUUGCUUAUGGAUCAUCUCAUCUACAAGCAUGACAUCUGCAUGAAAAUGAGACUAAAGGAAACGAAAAUGUGUCCAAAGAAGUCCAGUUUCCUGCAGCCAAGAUGUUCCAGAUAAAAUUAAUUGUACCACAGGAACACCAGAUUAGGUUGCAUUCUGACAAACGUGACAAAAGAAAUUGAAUAAUAUUCCAUAAACGAUAUUACAUUUAGCAAUAAUAACAUUCACCAUUUACUAAAUGUCCUUAAAAAUAAUAACCAUGAUAGAUUAUUGUUUUUACAACAAACAGUGCUUCAUUUAUCACCAAAAAUAAUAUCGUCUUCUGUAACAAAACAGCUGAGCUACCUACCUUCUAAAUUUGGUCAGCGUAGCUGGUUUUUCCUCUCUUUACUGCUGCCAGUUUAUAUGAAUGUGAUGGUGUCCAACAAGAAAGCUCUUGCUACUUUGGACACUGUACACAAAUGAACUUAAUGUCUUUUAGUAAAUUAUUAUUUACUACCUACAUACACUUGUGUAAAUAUCUUAUAUAGUGUGAAAUAAAGAAUUGAAUUGAAUUGAAUUAUGAAGAAUUAGCCAGGGGAUUAUUAAGGCAAUCAGAAACAUUUAAAGAUUUUGAAUGAAUAGUGAUCAGCUUCUUUAUAAGCUUUCUCAUAGGAACUAGUCCGAAUAAAAGUGACGUGAACCUCAACUAAUACUCUUUAUAAAUAACAACAAUAAUUAUUCACUGUUCAAAGUGUAUAGGUGUUUAGUGGUGGAUAUUUACUGAGCUGCGAAGGUCAUGAUUUUAAUACUAAGGUUUUUCAAAGACUAUUAAAUUCAUUAGAGCCAUUUUCAGGCAAGAAACCUCAACUGCACUACAGCGGGAGCCACAGGAGCAAAUUUCAAGACAAGUGCUUGUUUGUUUACCUUUUAUUGGCGGAAAUAUUUUUUUGCUGACAACAUUUUUGUUUCCAAAGUGCAAAAUCACCAGGGAGUUAAGUGUCAUUCGACUGGAAGUUGGCCUGAGAAUCAAAAGUUUUAGGCGCCUGUUUGGGCUCCUUGUUUAAAAUCUUGGUCGCUCGUGGGCAAAUUGUAGACACCUCUGGCGCCCAGGCGCCCAUUAGACAACAGCCUUGUUACAGAUUAUUAUUAACAAAUAUGAAAUGAUAAUUAAUUUAUUUAGUUACUGUUAAAUUUCUUCAGUCAGCUAACAGAUAACAUGAGUUUAAGUAAGAAAUCUUGAUUAAGUGAACAUAUAAGAACUGCAGUUACAAAUACAGUUGUAGCAAAUGUCAGCAAUCAGAUGUUUUUUAGUAUUUGCUUUUGAGUGAGUGAUCAGUUGAACAAACGUGAUAAUUUAAAAAUCUUGAAUUCCCAGCUGGGUUGACCUUUAUCCUCCUAAACACUGGGGGUUGGGGAAGUGUGCCCUAUUCACUAAGCUACUGAAGAGGUUCUCGAAGAGCAAGGUCAUUAAUAAUAUAAUUAUGUUAUCUUUUAUGAAAUUAAGAUAAUUUGGUAAAAGAUGAAAGCAUUUUCCCUUUGGUAAACAUUUAAUCAUUCUCAUAACCUUUGCGUCAACUCUUGAUUGUGUUGUGAUAUUGUUAGAAGAAAACUGAUGUUGGUCACGCUUGGGACUCAAUAUUACCUGUACAUCUUCCUUAUUCACUAACAAGCUUAAAAAUUGCAUCUUCUUUCUCUUUCAAUUUUCAUAUCAGUUCUUUUAAUAAAUGUGAUUUUGAUGAUCUUUUUCUAUGAUCAGAAAAGGAUUUUGUCUCAGUGAAAACUAAGUCUACUUAACCACCAGCAUUUCAUAACUAAUGGCUCUAUGUUUACCGUAAUAAUAAUAACAAUCUUUUAAUAGGAUGCUCCAUCACAAGAGUGGUUUACAUAGAGGUCCUAAUUACGAGAUGUAUAUUAUAUAAUACAAUUAAAAUAUAAAAAAGUUAAGCUAAAAUCGAUAUAUAUGAUACAAAACCGUAAAUCCUGUAUUAAGCCACCUCUCUCAAAUAAGCCCCCCCUUUUCAGGGGAAGAAAGUUAAUAAGCCCUCCGGCCUCCCCUGCCCCUUAUUAUUCACUAAUAGAUGAUAAACUUUAUUAAUCAAUCAUGACUGUAAAACUUUGUGAGGACUGAUCCAGGAUGGUUUAUUCACCAACUGGAAGUUUGGAUCUGCAUGACCUUCAACUUCUUGUACUCAAGCUUUCUACUUUGUAUUGCAGUUCUUUAUGGAGAACCGUUACCAUCGUCUUUGCUAAAUUGAAUAAGCCCCCUCAUCUCAAUUAACUCACCCCCUCAAAUGUGUUUGUAGUAAAUAAGCCCCCCUCCCCCCCCUGGGGGGGGAGGGGCUUAAUAAAAAAUUCACAGUAUUGUAUAACAAUAAUUAUUUGUGGCAAAGUUGUAAAUAUGUUGAGUGUCAGGUGGAAUUAAAUCUUCUGUUAGGCCGAGGUAUGUUGCAGGCAUCAAAGGAUUGGCUGAUGGAUGGUCCCUUAUUCCACCAAAAAAAGAAGGUUAAAACUUUUGGUGAUUAUUUAAAAUUAAAUUAAAAAAUUCUUAUACAUUGUAUAAGUGUACAACAAACACUUUAAGCCUUAAGUUUCAUUUAAAACAAGCGUUAAGUUUUUGUCUAAACAAAAUCAAAGCCAAUAAAUAAACAAAGUAAUUGUACACCCUAAAGUAAUGUUAUAUUCCAUAUCAGACACAGGCCUGCCAGGUGUAUAACUUGUCUUAUGUUCUUAGAUUGUCAACAGAUUAAUUUUGAAAAGUAGUUUCAUGCCAUGAAACGGUUAUUUUUAAAUGACUGGUACAGGUUAAUGUCUAAUAACAUAGUCUCAUCUGUUCUAAAAACUAAAGAAUAUUUGCAGAGUGCAGGGAUGCAAAUAAUUUCUUUGAAGUUUAGAAACAAUAUACAGUGUCUUACGUCUGACCAUGCCAGGUCACUGUUUGAAUUUGACAUUGAACCAGGAAAGGUGUCAGACACUGGUUAAGUUGACUUAACAAUUAUCACUAUGUCAAUUUUAAGCUUUAAAAUGAUUUCUUUAGUAUCUAGAAGUGAAGUGUAAAAUUACAUUAUUAAGAUGUCAUUAAAAAACAAAAUAAAUGCAAUGUUUUGUAAUACUCAGUUAAAAAAGCAUUGUAGCACGGCAUAAAAACUUAACAUCACACAGCAGUACUGUACUUUCUAGUGGCACUUUUUUAGAAUGCUAAAAGUGGUGAUUGUAUCUUAUGAGGGCUCCAUGCAUUAUACCAAUUGAGGAAAACAUAUUCCAUCAAAGAAGGACUAAAUUUGGAUAUUGCUGUGUAAUUAUCUUGUUGGCCAUUGGACUUAAUUGGAGGACUUUGGUCUUUUUCUAGUCCUAGUAGCCUACCAGAUAAACACAAGAAUGUACAUGUAUAUUAGUGUCCAAAUGUGUUAUCUUCUUAAUGAUAAUGAGAAAAUAAAGAUCCCCUUUUCACAGAUCCAAUAAACUCUAAGGUGGUAGCUAUACUUUUGGGAGUGCCUUAGAUAAAUUCCCAAUUGACUUCUGAUUAAAUGUCUUGAAGAUUUAAAGGGAGAAUUUGAUAUUUGAUCUGAAGUCCAGGUCAUCAUUACAUGCACCCUAAUGUUCACAAAGGCCAUUUCCUGAAGAGCUACUGUGACUAAGUUCCAAAAUCUAAUUGUCAAAAUUCAAUAACUUAAACUUGAAGAAUUUACCAACUUCCAGAACACUUGUGGAGAAUACCCAAGUUUCCCAUGGACUGGAAAUUAAAAAAUAAUGUGAAAAAUCUAUCUACAGCCUUAAAAUACUUCAGUUCAUAUUGUUAAUAUUGCCACUUACAUGCCUAGAAAACUUAAGUUUAGCGAAUAACAUACUCGCAAAUGUCAAACAAUCAUGUCUCCCAAGCCUUAUAUCAAAGUGAAAUGUUACCAACAGCAAAAAUGAACUUUUAAAAACUGUUAGGCUAACAACUUUUCCAAAACAACAAUUGCAUUCUAUUUCAAUCUUCUCCAUGUUUGUCCACCCGUGCCUUCUCUUGCAUUAUGCUGUGUUAUUUAUACCCUCAUUCAUUGUUUUGUGCGGUUAUUUAUGUUUUGCUCAAUUUGGUGGAGUGUUACCACUGUUUGAAUUUUGAUGAAUUUCAUGAUACAGCUCCUUUAACUCUCUUUGUUUGCUAUACAGUAAACACCCACAUAUAAGAACACAUGAUUUCAGGGUUCAGGCUGAUCUAGUUCUUAUUUAUUGGGUGCUUAAUAAGAAAUCAGUAAGAUGUUCUUAAUAAUUAUGUUCUUCAACUUUGUUUCAGAAAUUAACUACACAUAACAUGUUACUAUAGGUUUAGUUAGCAUAUUUUAUUAUACUUAAAUAUGUAAGUAAGUAAACAAAAAUCCUAAAGACACCCAGGCAACUGUUAUAGUUUUGUAAUUGUCUAGCAGUAACGGUAGUUAGAUUCAUUCAUUCAUUCAAGCAAAUUUUGCUUUCUUUCUCUGUCACCCUCUUGGUUAUUAUAUAAGAACACGUUAAAAUUAUUUAUCAGGCUGAACUGGUUCUUAUACUUAUGGUGAUAUAAAAUGGGCAUAAUUUCAUCCUGACGUUCUUAAUCCAUUAAUUUUGUUCUUUUUUGCGGGUGUUUGCUAUAUUGCAUGUUAUGCAUGUUUCUCUUUGUGUUUCUGUCUUAGUCCUCGCCAUUUGGCAGCAAUUCAUCUCUCAGCUUCUGGAGGCUAUAUUGAAGCAAAAAGAGCAGGUUAUUGAUUUUUUAAAGAAUGCAUGCUACUUUACUCUCAGAAAUAGCUGGUGGCUAUUUGCUAUCAGUUUACAUGUAGAGACACAUUGUAUACACAUUGUAUACAUUUUAACAAAGAAUAUUUGAACAGAGUCUACAUGUACAUGUAAAAGAUGGUUAAACGGAGCAUAAAAAUAAAAUGCAGCUGAACAGAGCCUGAAGUUAGACUGGAGUUAAACAUCAAACAAGACAGUUGACCAAAUGUGAGCAUUAUACAAGACUAUUAGACAGAUGUGCAGUUAAAACAUUAUACAUUACAGUUGGACAGAGCUUAAAAAUUGUACAAGAUAGUUGGACAGAGCCUGAGCAAUAUACAGGGCAGUUGAACAGACUUCAAACAUGAUCCAAGACGGAAGAUGAUGAUUUUAAGACAGAACUGAAACAUUCUAAAAGACAGUUUAGAUACACAACAGUUGGUGGGCAGAGCUUAAACCUAUAGCUACCAGACAGUUUGGAUAGCACCCAUAAACAUCAGUCAUAUGUGACAGCUGGAUAGAGCCUAUAAACAUUGUACAGGGCAGUUGGAAAGAGCUUAUACAUUAUACAAUACAAUUGGACAGAGCUUAACAUAUUUUCAAGUUGAAGUGAGCCAGAAGGGACAACUGCACCUGGAUAAUUAUGUGUACUAUCAAUACACCCUUUCAAGCUGAUCCACAUUAACAGACUUUUAACAUGCAGCAAGCAAAUCAGCUUAUUAUAAUAAUUGCUUUGUGGGUUAAGCUUGUUUAUUGUUUAUCUUUGUAACAUACAAGAAGGGCAUAAAAUUAAACUUAAAGAAUAAGGCUCUAUGUACCAACACAGGGCAAGUUAUACUCUGGUCUGGCUCAUUUCUUUUACCCUCUUUCAUAUCUCUGAUUUAAAUAAUGUCACAUGUUUGAAAAACAUGUUUGUAGCCUGCACCACAGGCAAAACGAAACUCUGGUUAAUCCGUCUACAAAACAGCUCCAAAAUCCUUGUCCCACCUGUGUACCAGGAUUUGAGUAUGUGCCGUGAUUGGUCUGUUGAAAAAGAUAUUGACGAUUUGCCAAUCAGAUUAAAAGGAAAUGCAAAACACACUUCCCGUAACUUCAUUGAGUCCAUUGAGGGCCCAGAACAAUGAUCUUAGCACUACUUCACAGACCUUACUAACCAGGGUUAAAUUAUGUCUGCGACUCACGCUACAUGUUUGUUGAAAGCCAUUAAAAUGUAACUAGUUCCCAGUUUGUGUUGGUAUGUUAAUAAUUAACACUAUUUAUUACAUGUCUUUGUUAAUAGCAUGGCAUUUAGAUGUAGGAUGUAAUUAUGGUGGAAGUGCAGUGAUGCACCCAUUUGCGUUCAGAGUUCAUGCACACAAAUUAGGUAUGUUGAAAUAAGAUACCUGCUUAUUAAAUUUAACAAAAUACUUACAUUCUCAUUGCAGUGUACCAAAAAUUAAGCUUUGUUGUUAUCUUUUAAAGUCACUUUACAUUUUAAUGAGACAGCUGCAUUGAGGCAUGUAUGCAGUUGUUAAAGAGGUACUGGACACCGAUUCAUUUACUACCAACCCGUGCUCCAGCCAACUCUUUCAUCUCUCACAAUUUACACAUUACUGUAUUUCAUGAGGCAAUUUUUUAAAAUUUUAUUUCAUAAUUGUAGUCUUUACAAAAACAGGUACUUACAGUGCUUACAGACAGUAAACAGAUUACAGAAAGACAAUACUUUGAACGGUGCUUAAAAACAUUAGAAUCAUGCCAACUGUUAUGCAGUGCUCAUUGCUUGAUACAUGUACGCGAAAAAAAAAAGAUGAAACUCUGAAAAGAUGACAGAAAAGUUCUCAUGGUAAUUGAGAAUUCUUUCUAUGUUUUGUACAAGUAUGACAACAAUAAACAAUUAAUUUAAUAUUAACCGGGUCAUCAAAACUUUUUUUCAGACUAGUACAUGCUAGGUACAGCUUGCCCAUUGGGAAAGUGUUUUUUGCACCCUGAUGGAAAGGUGUCUAACCCCCCCUAAUUUCCCUUUCUAUCCCCCCCCUGCCACAACAACAUCAAUAUUUGGGACAGCAUGAUAAUAAACCUCUCUAAUAAUAAAUUAUCACCUUAUUGUUUAUUUUAGGGACGGUUAUAUCAGGCUACAAAGUGCGUGAUGGAGUUUGGACGCUGAUUGGCAAAGGAGAUCCACAACGACCCCAGGUAAACAGUACUACAGUACAUACAACAUUUGAAAAUAAUUAUACUGCUAAAUUGUUGAUGAAUUUAUUUGUAGAUAACGUUUUCAGCUAUUAUUUUUUAUGAUAUUUGCAGGCAUUUUACCCAGUGAAGUCUGAAAAAGAUCUGAGCAUCCAAAUGGGUGAUACAAUAGUAAGACACAUUUUCUUGUAUUUUAAUUGUUCCAAAUGAAUAUAAACCCAGUAUGGUCAGCUCCCACCUUGUGGUCAACUAUGUUUUAAGGACACCCUGCUAAUUUGGCAACAGCUAAGUCCCCAGGAAAUAUAAGUGUUGACUGAAAAAAUAUCUUCCAUUAGUAAAAUCCAGCUAGUGGUUUAUUAUCAAUACUGCAUUCUGAUUGGUUGCGCUACUAGGCUAUAUGUUAUAUCCCACUAGCAGCAAAAAGCGCAGGCUUUAAAAACCAAAACAAAGGCGGCUGAAUCAUGUUUUGCCAGCUAAAGUUGUUUUGUCUCGAUAUUUUUGACCAACUACCUUAUUAUAGGAAAUUAACACUCCACGAAAUUAACGCGAAUCGUUAAAAUUCGCGUUAAUUUUGUUGAGCGUUGAUUUCCGCGACGUUGAUUAAGUGCAGCGUUCAUUUCGCGCGCUCUUAAUUUCCAGUAUGUUAACCCCAAUUUUGGAACCUGUCCAGACAUUCUUGACACCUAAAAAACAUUAACUACAAGCUUUCUUUCUUUCCAUUUACCCUUUAUUUUGCAUCUUUCACAAAAGCUAAGGCGAAGGUUUACAAUAUUUCGAGUUUAUGUUCAUCGUUGUCACUGUCAGAAGUGAUCUUCUCCUUUGAUUUCGCGUAAUUAAGCAUGUUAAUUUCCUUUAUUAUGAAAUUCUACCUUCUCCUUCGUGUUAAUUUUCUUUAUUCAAAAGUCGUUUCCCACUAAAUUCGCGUUAAUUUAAGUCGCGUUAAUUUCCAAUACCUUAAUUUCAUGGAGCAUCAAUUUCCUAUAAUAAGGUAGUUGAAUUUUACUAAAACAAUUAUUCCUCUUGCCCUCAUGGCCUCUAAGUCAAUAGCCCAUUCGGGCUCAAGGAAUAAUUGUUAAAUUACUCUCAGUACACUCUUUUCAGCCCUGCUACCAUUACAAAAUUUGUUAUUGUUCAAACAGUUGUUAUAAUAAUAUUAUUACGGUCUUAUUAUUAUAGAGAACUGAAAGAGCCACAUUGUUUGCUAUUACCAGGUUCAAGGCACAACAAAAUUUUUACUCAAAAUGUUGUUCCUCUAUGGUAAUCAAAGCUUAGAGAACAUUUCUUUUUGCACAUUUGCAAAAUUAUACAAGUGUAAGUAGGUGGAGUAUGAUCAUUCGGGUGAUCGUAGAGUGUGGCUGACGAUCACCCAGACAAUCACGUUCGGCCUACUUAUGAAAUGACACCUGGGUUCAAACCUUUCACAGUUAUACAUAAGCCGUGUGUUAGUGAGUGAGGUGAAAGCAAAACAGGUGGGCAAGGCUACAUGCUUGUGUUUUUAAUGGUAAUAUUUGUACAGCCAAUGGGCAGUCAAAGAAUUUUCUAUGACCUUUACAAAACUCUAGGAAUACUUUGUUGUUUUCUGAUCAAUAAUUAAUACAUGUUGAGCUCGGAAGAAAUAUCUUUGAACUGUAGUUUAUGAAACAUUUUUAUGAUUACAGGCUGCACGAUGCACCUACAAUUCAACACAGAAGAAGGAUAUCACAUAUAUUGGGUAUGUUUUUAGUACUAUAUGAAGAACGAUUCAGUGAAACUGACUGAUUAUAAAAUAAAAGAAAGGUAUUGUGAUACAGCUGUGCACACUUCUUUAAUUUGUUUUGUAAAAUCUAUUUUAGGCUCAGAUUGAGCAAAUGCCUAAAACAAUGGUUAAAAGUAAAAGCAAACCUUUCCUCUAAAAAUAUGAAGCUGCACAAAGGCGAAAAUACACAUGUCCUAUCCUUGCCUUUGGGGAUGGGAGGUACAGGAGUAAGGGAAAGUUAGAGUGCAGGUCAAAACAAUAUAAUGUAUCACGAGUCUUGUCACUAUCAAAAUAAUAAUUAUUGUUUUGCAUGAAGGUGGAAGAGAAACUAUAUCUGUACUCAUAACCUGAAGAAUGUGACCUGUAAACUUUUAGCAUGCUUAUGUUGUAAAAAACUUCAGGUUAAAAUGCUUUCAUCUCUUUUGUCUUCUAACCUUAAUUAUUCAUGACUUUUAAUAAUCAUGAAUGAUAAUCAUAAUUGUGAAUUAUUUAUGAAUAUGAAGCAGGACAUGAAUAGAGAUCUUUGACUUGUGGGCUAUAUGCCAUUGGGUGUGGAAAGGACUGAUGAUAAUGGUGAUGAUGAUGAUGACUUGCACAGAUACCUCUAACAGUGAUCUCACAAAGGACGCCCACAUGUAAUAAGUUAGGAUUCUUGGAAACUGACCACCUACCCCUUCCCUAAAUCAGCAUUUUGCCCUAAGCGAGAAGAAAGUGUUAAUGUUGACUUAGGGGAGGGGUACAGUGUAGGUGGUCAUUUCCCAGAAACCUUAAUUGAUCCAGUGCAAUUUAGGCAACAAUAAUUAUUGUCAAGAACACUUCUAUUUUUGUGAGGAUUACGUUAACUACAGCCAUUUGCUCAUCCUUCAUACAAUCUACAUGUACCAUGCAGAAGCCUGUUUAUAUCGAUGGCCAAUAGAUUUUAUUUUCUUUCAGAGCAACAAUGGCAGAUGAAAUGUGUAAUUUCUACAUGAUGUAUUGGUAUGAUCCCAAAGAGAAUGACAUGGAAGGGAGCCCUGAGGAACGGUGUGGUUAUGUCAAUGAGAGGGGGCUUCAAUUCCCAAUUGACUCUGAUGUUCGCCUUCCAGGAAGUGGGGAAAAAAUGGAGAUGAAGCGAGACUCUGUAGAAGGUAGGCACUCAGAAAUGCACUGAUGACUUUUAGACAUCGGUCUUUCCUCUUCUUUUCUUAAGAUUCUGUUUUUCCUUGCUGUCGCUUUCAUUUGAGACUGUUCAAUCUUAUGAUCUGAUAAACUGCUGAAUGUAUAGCAUCUCAAACGUUCCAGAAAUGUGAUGCAAAAUUGUGCGCAGUGUUGAAUGCCAUUGAUGAAUUCUGUUUGUGUUUCUUUUUCUUCCCCAAAAAACUAUUGUGUUACAAAAUGAGGCAGAAAUUCUAUUUACUAAAUUGUACAACAUGGCCAUGCAAUCUCUCUCUGUCACAAAAUCUGAGUAAACAAAAUAAUUUUUUGGUGUGAGUUACUUCCUUUUGUUCUUCCUUUUAAGUUUGCUGAAAAUUGACAGACUCUAUUAGAAUAUUUAUGUAUGAGACAAAAAGACAUUUCGGUGGUGAGGAACAAGAUAUGGAUGUAUACUGUAUUUGAGAAUGUCUGCACAUUCACAAUGCUUCAAUGUGGAGCUAAGGAAAAAAUUAGCAACUUCACUGCGCACAUUGAUGCAUCGUUCAUCCUGUCUAUUGCACCAGUCUGACUUUAAAAUUUUCUUGGUCUUUGAUCGCAGGCUCAGAUGAAAGUGACCGGCAGUGAAAGGCGCGCGCGGCUGAAGGACUGACUACGGAAUUAAUGAUAAUUUAGUAAUUUAGUACCUAAGACUCUUAAAUUAAAAAUAUACAUUUAUAUUUUUUUGAAGAAGUCAUUUUAAGGAGUAAUGUUAUUUUCACCCUAAUCUUUGAAAUUGUCUUUUAUGAUGAUUUUGUAAAGGAUUGGACACUGAAGAAAGUGUUUUGGUCACUAAUUUGCACUGCAAAUUUAAUGUGUAUGCUUUCUUUUUGAGAGCAUUUUGUUCUCGGUUACCUUGUGUUACUGACUUUGCACAGAAGCUAAAAUGGGAAUCCAAUAUAAAUUAUUUUCCAAAAGUAAAGAUGUUAUUUAAACUUAUUAAAGCUUAAAUGUUGAAAUUUGUCAGUGGAAACUGUUUGCACUUUUUAGGAAUAAAUAAAAUUUCUUUGCAUUGAAUCCUAGUCAACAUGUUUUUAUUAGAGCACUGCACAAAACAAUUAGCUACACUUUCUCCCAAUUAACCGCGUUUACGGUGGAAGAAUUUUAAUUGCUUUCCGGAGUAGAAAUAUCGUGCACUUUGUGAACAUUUAAGAGAAGGUCAAUGGCGACAAAUGCUUGCCAUUUUUCAGAGUAUAUUUUGAGAAAAUAAUUUUCGACUAACCUGAAGGCGAAUGUACACCAGAGAUAAACUUUGUCCGAUGUCAUAAUAAUACUGUCACAGGCCAGAGAUUUUUGAUAGCUUACAAAAUGCAACUGAAUUGUAAGCACGUCUUCUCUCGUUCCCAGAGACUGCGAUCCUCUUGGUCAGCACCAAAUAUCACAAACGUCCGUUGCCCGUUCCGCUGGACAAGGGUAACGAAGGCUCUGAGGACGAGCUUGAGACUCAGUUCUUGUAAAUCACCCUCAUUCCUAGUCUUCCUCGGCGAGUUCGGAUGUGACGUCACCUUAAUACGUCAGCCAUAAACCUUGACGGGUCGCGCUCGAUAUUCCAAGCUUCGUUCGCCCACUCGCAUAACGCGAAUUGGCCUUGGGACAAAGCUGGAAGAUUAUAAAUGAGAUGCUUCUUCCGUAAUGUGACACAGGGUCGCUCCGGUGGCAGCGAAUUAUCCUAGACUAAGAGUUGUCCCUCAUUAGACUUUCCUCAGGGUUAAAAAAGCGAGCUAAAUACGCGAGCGCGCGUGGGCUUGCGUGAAUCAGCUAUCCCUAAAGAAAAUAGGGGGAAUCACUUGUAGUUUAGGAUCAUUCCGUCCUGUCCCAACACUCCUGCCAACACUAGGCCAUUCUGCUUAAUUUCCUGUACUUAAAGAGAUCAAUUCUUUGCUCUCCCUUCUCUAAAACCAUAGUCCACUAAUAAAUGCUGCACUAUGGCUAGUCAUACCUCUUCUGUACCUAUGUAUCAACGUUAGUUCUUGAGUGAAGGCGAUUGCAAGUAUUUUUCGUGUCUAAGGGGAAUAGGCAUGGUGACUAGUGAUUGGGUUGAAGGGGUUGUGAAGAAAUUGUAAAUGCAAAUUGGCCAUUUUGCGUUUCCGCGAACGACUGGUCAUGGGUCUGUGUGGUGGCGAAUUGGAUCAUGGGACUGAUUUUGAGGGACGAAUUUGGACCCAUUUUCCAGCGCAACUUAGUAACAGUAACAAUAGUAACAAUAGUGUGCCAAAAAUAGUCCCAUUGUGCAGUUCUGCUCAACACCUAGCAGUGCACUCAGUGCACGAGCAACCUCAAAAUAUCCAAGGAUUAGUGAAGUCGAAGGUGAGUUGUUGUGCUGGGUUGUUAUUUUGGUCCCUUUAGUCUUUGCAUCCUUUCUGGACUAAUACUCUGGCUAAUGUUUUUCCUUCUUAUCUACAAAACUGUCAAACGUGCCUUUGCGAUUGGCAUAGUAGACCUCGUACGUAUUCUCCGUAGCCCAAAGCGUAACGGAACUAAUACUGCGACAACACUGACAACGAUAAUCUUGUACCGUUCCUCCGUUCUGCACCGAAUCAGUAUCGCUAACGAUUUUUAAUCCGCCCCUCAUCUCAAAAUUAGCCUUAAAAAGGCAUAAAAGCUAAUCGGGGGUGGGGAGGGGGGAAGUGACACCGUCGUAAAAGGGGAGGCUCAGGCUCCCCUGCUACCCCUCUCUUCUCACACCUGCGACGUAAGCUAGUGACAAUGUAAAUGCCUAGGCUCACCAUAAGUGCAAAAUGUACUUAUAAAUUUAUUGCUUACAUAAUGCUACCAGAAUAAGCCAGCGUUUUUGCCCCCCACCCCCGUCACCAAGUGUGUCUGCAUUUUUCAAAGUCGUCUAUGUGCUAUUUUAGAAUGUGCACCAUCCUGCGAUGAUGAAGAGUCCGUAUUCCUUGAUGAAGACACAGCGGACUGGCCUGGAAAUAAUCCAGCAAAUGUGAAGCUUGGUCAGGUUACCGCAGUUGACACUGAUGCGGACGGGAAUGUUGUUUUAUUUCAUCGAGGAUCCAGGAGAUGGCAGGCCGAGUGAGUAGAAAAACUAGUCGCUAUUGAAUGACCUUUUCACUCCCGGGAUUUAUAUAUAUAAUAUACACAUUUAGCCAAAGCCAAAAGCGAAGCUCUGGAAGGAUGCUUUGGGAAAUGUCCUCCUCAAUUAAUUAUACUUCGGCCGUAAGCAGAGAGCAAACUGAAUUCUACCUUUAAAAAAUUGACCUGCACCCACGAUCAACUGACAACUGGUCAGUGGAUAACUUUAAAAAUUGCGUCACUUCCAUGAGUUGUAUACCUGAGCCCGCGAUUCAGUCGUUAACAAUAAUAGCAGAAUUAAAUAUACUAAAACAUACGAUGUAAAUUGAAGAUCUAAAUAAAAUUAAAAAGACAUCUAUUGAUAAAACAUCGCUUGAACCUUUCAGUCCCAACAAGCGGCAAAACGUUAUCGUGGCCCCUGUCUCGUAGUUUCCGCCUACGCUUCAUGGGAGAAGAUCAUUUAAAUAAUACCACGCGAAAGUACUGAUUUAUUCCAAAGAGUUUUCAUUUGAACAGUUACAUCACAAAAUUCAGCUGGUCAAAAGUCAGGCCUUUAUUUUCGGCCUUUUUACUGAAACACAAACAAAUAAGUAUCGUAAGACUAAUACAACAACUAGUAAACAAACAAACGACCAAACAAAAAGUCAAACGAACACAAAAGGUUUGUCAUAAUGCUCUGAACGAAACCAUAAUGUACUAAAAUGUCUGUGUGUGUGUGCUUGUUGUCAGUUCUUUUGAUGAUCGUGAUGUAUUCAACCAUCAAGAUCAGCCAAUUCCCGAAGCCACUGUACUGAAGCUGGAUUCAAAAACUGGAGAAGUUAAAAAAAGCUGGGGAGAGAAUAUGUAAGUAUAUCCCAUAUUGAAUCAAAAAAGAAAGAAAGUAAAAGGUGGAAAAUGUAACGAGAAAUAACAGUACUGCAUGACAGUGCAGUUUCAAGAAAAUAAAAAUCACGUGAUGCUGUUUUUUUUUUUCGUACCCAGGUUCUUUAUGCCUCACGGGCUUACCAUCGAUCAUGGGGGUAACACGUGGUUAACAGAUGUAGCCUUGCAUCAGGUCUGUGUUUCUUUUUACUUGUUGGUUUUUGUAGGAGAAAGUGAAGUCCUGAAAGUUGCAUAUUAGUUUGCUUGGUCCUAAUUUUUUUCCGUUUCCCUCUGUUGUUAGUCAACAAUUAGAAAGCGAACUAGAGAUUUCGAAUGGUACAUAAUUGACGAGGGGACAGGCCCGCCCUUCGCUUUUAGUUACUAUAGUCUCCGUGUGCCUCGCUGAUAUGUAUAGCCGGUAAAGUGGAACCCACCGUUGGACGAUAAAUUGUUAUUCGGGCGUAAUAAGGAGGUGAUAGUAUAAAUGGGGUGAUCGUUAGGCGAGAUUCCACUAUAGCUCCACUGUCCAAAGAUUUUGCAAACGGAAGUAUUCGCACUGUAAGAAGACACUCUCUUGGAUACAAGGAAACAUUUUUCAAUCUAGUAAAAACACCCAUGCUUAGUGAACGUAAAUUUUGUUUACAAAGUAUUUCCCUGCAUUAUUCAUUCUUCUGUUUACAAACACUGGUGCAAAUGGGAAUGUAUAUUAAAUCAUAUCUUAACGUCUUAAAGGGAACCUCCACUUCAACAAAAAGAUAACUUUAAAUCACAGGAAAUAACUGUUACAGUCAAGUCAAUCUAAAAUAUUUUUAAAGAAAGCGUUUGUAUCCGAAAGAAAUAACUUUUAGAUUCGCCUAUUUUUGUUUUCAAAUUUUGCGGGCUUCGCCAUCUUGAAUAAUUGUGACGUGUAAUGGUUGCCCUAUUGUUAUUAAACAAAAGCUCUUUGUGUCAGAACAAUAGAGCAACCGUAACACGUCACAAUUAUUUAAGAUGGCGGCGCCCGCGAAAUUUGAAAGUGAAAAUAAGCGAUUUUAAAAUUCACUUUUCCUGAUAUAAACACUUUUUUGAAGACAAAUUUCGAACAAAUUUGUUUAUUAACAUAACUUUAUUCUAUUUAAACUUAUUCUGUAGUAAGAGUGGAGGUUCCCUUUAACUGCAUUAGUCAUAGAAAACUAGCUAGAGUUAGCCUUUCUGCGUGUUUAAUCCAGACCUACAAAUUUCACCAUGACCAAGCCUUGUUUUGGAAUUGUCUUACUAAAUUACAACGAUUGGUGAAUUCCCUUUGUAUUUUAAGUUGAGAGGAAUAAUCUCCUACAAAAAGAGGAAAAUGCAAAGAAUUUGUCCACAGACGGCGAUUGGUGAUCAAAUCAACAAAUGCAUAUGGACGACCGAUAUUUCAUUUUAAAUGAGGGAGAUAUUUCAUUUGUUGAUUACAGGUUUUCAAGUUCUCCCCUGGAGAAAGCAAACCUUCCCUAAUUCUCGGAGUCAGGUUUGAACCAGGGAAAGACGCAGAUCAUUUUUGUAAACCUACGGAUGUCGCUGUUGAUUCCAAAGGAGUCUUCUAUGUUUCUGACGGGUAAAUUGUUAUUUUUGUUCCUUUUUUGAAAUUAGCUUUUUGAAAAGAAACGGACGAGAUCGAGAGACAUUUCCCUAUUUCCCAAUCUCGUCCCCGAGGUCUUUUUGUUUUCCAAUAUGGCGGCGGCAGUGAAAACGAGAAGACCCUGGGGAUAAGGUUGCCUAUUUCCUCUGUGGCCCGCGGAGAAGGACCUGCACGCAGGCUAGAUCGAGAUUCGGCAAGAAUCCAAGUGUCUCUCUCGUUUAGAUCUCUGUCUGCUUAAAUUUUCCUAAUAAUUUAUGGAUCACUAUUUUUUUUUCUUCCCUUCCAUCUCGUUUUCCCCAGUUUUUACUUCUCCUCUUUCUUUCCUGUAGUUACUGUAAUAGUCGGGUAAUGAAGUUUUCACCAGACGGCAAAGAAAGCAUACAAAUGGGUAGGUUGACAGCUUUUUAAAAUAGCGUUUAAUGUUUGGAUUGUCUUAACUUUGGACAGGGGUAGGGAGGGUGGGGGAUGGCCAUUGGUGCGCAGCAAUGAAAUUACUUUCUUAGGCCCGGCCCCUAUCCCGAAGGUUGGUACUCUCUCCAAAGUCCCCAUUUUCGAAAGUCUAGAUUACUGGCUCUUUGGCCCUUAUAUGUACUGUAUACUCUUAUACUUGAAGUAAUCGUGGAGGCAAUAUCCUGUUUGUAAUUAAGACAGACCCGCACGACAUUACAUACCCUGUUUUGGACAGACUUGCGCAAAACUAUAUAGCCUGUUUAGGUCAGAGAGGUAAAAAACCAUUCCCUGUCCAGCGGCACAUUCUCUUAUGGGCCGUAUAACGGAAUUGCCUCCCCCCCGCCCCCGGAGAGAACUGAUCAUCCCUGCCAUAUCACUGUAUUAAUCUAUUAAUAUGUUAUCAAUGAUGACACAUUUUUCUGCGCUUUGUUGUUUUUUUUAAGCAUCAAACGCCUUCCGGAUUCCCCACAGUCUUUCUUUGGACGAGUCGAACGGACGGCUUUAUAUCGCUGAUCGGGAGAACAGUCGAGUUCUGGUACUUGACGCCGGAAGUGGCAGUCUUUUGCGUGAAGUAAAAGACUUCGGAGAGCGAGUGUUCGCAGUGCAUUAUCACGCCAAACGUGGUAUGUUAGAAUUAUAUCAGAAUCCCAUUACCCGGAGCGUGUAGCUCCUUUACUAUGCCUGUGUAUCGUGUUUUCACGGUUUAUUUUGAGACACGUUUUUUGGAUUACUGCUUGCCAAAGUGUGCUGCUUGGUAUGCGGCUAGUGUGAAGCGCGGGAAAAUUCGCAUCUGGUGCAAAACGCGCCAAAACGUUCAACUAAUGUCAGGCGCGGGAAAGCUCGUUUACCAUUUACCAAAAGACUCCGGAAAAUAUGCUUUGAAAGUAAAUGAAACACGACUCUUUGGUCGUUCCAGCGGAAAAUUUCCGAGAGCAACGGAACAUCUGGAAAGGUAGUCCUGUUUUAUCGGACGAAUUGUUCCAAACGAAAAUUCUUGUUCCAUUUCUUCAAAGCCAUACUGAGAUUUUCUCAAUAAUAAGUGGUGCGCGCACGUGAACCAGCGUGGCGGGAAACCGUGAUAGCCGUCGUCAUCCUACUACGGUGAGACCAGUUUCAGGCCUUCGCCGGCCUUUUUCCGUAAAAUUGAACUGAUUUGUACAAAUGGCAAACGCGCUUCCGGACGAAAUUUACCAGUCCUGAAUUCUGGUUAUGCCCUUGUAAACGGUAAACGACCAAAAUCUCUACCGAUUUCGAAGUAUAGAGAAGCGUUCGAAACGUUCAUUUCCAGUCCUUUUAUAUUUUUUAGUAUCGUUACCAAGCCAGUUGAAACUUUGUUCAAUAAAAUGUAUACUGUGAUGUGUUUAAUUUCAAAAUGCACAAUUAUUCGUUAGGUGGAGUGCUUCAUGUGGUAAAUGGCCCGCUGUCGUACUACUCUAGAGCCCAGGGCUUCACGUUCAGUCUGAAGAGUGACUCUGUGGUACAGAAAUGGAGCCCAGCUUCGGUAAGAAUUCAUUAAACAGGUUAUAAUCACAGAGUAGCCCUGAUGGAUACAAUGGGUACUAUCUUGAGAAAUUCGUGCCAAUGAGGGUUUCGAUUCUUUUUUCCUUGCGAGAAUUCUGGUUAUAAAUUGAUUUGUAACACCGACAAGGUACUUUUUCAAGUGAAUCAAUGGAAGGAAAGCAAAAAGGUACUAUUUUUAUCAGACCGUGCAGCCGGAAACAACUUAAAAUCAUUGUAUUUGCACACAUUGAUAGCUGUAGCUGGUGGGUCCAUUAUAUUCCUUUCAGUAACCUCUAACUUUAUUGUUGCAGACAUCUCUUUAGUUUUGUCCAUAUUUCGUGACAGUUUUCCUUGUAAACUGGUUCCAACUUCUUGUGAGACAUUCUUACUUUUUCCUGAUUUUGUGUCAUUGAUCAGCAAAAAGUAAGUGACCGCAACAAUCCCCUUAGCACUAGUCAUUUUUUUUAAAUCUUAGAAUUCAAUUGCUAGUGUUAAAGUGUGGAAAACAGAUUUGGUCUAGAUCCUCCUUUAAAAAGUAAAAACGAUUUUAAAGUACAUUUUGGAAUAAAAUAUGCUUUUUUUCUUUUUUUUAAUUUAAUCUUUUCACGACUAUUUCUUUCUUCUUCAGGGUUUUUCAGAGCCUCACGAUGUGACGUCAGAUUCCCAAGGUGCUUCAGUGUUUGUCGCCGAUAUAGGAAGUAACACAGUCUGGAAGUUUAAGAGACGAGUUCAAAAGAUAGUUUAAAUGUGUUUAUCAUCUAAAUUUAUUUUGAUUAAUUUAUUGCUAAAACAGAUUCUUUUCAUCAACUUAUUCAUAUAAAA